GAGGUUCACAUGUCAGUAGCGAGGGCCUGAGCUGGAGCAAAGAACAGACCUGAAGUUAAACUUGAGAGUGGCUUUUACAACUCACUCAACUCUUGCACUAUUACACUCAUUAUUGAUACAGUUCUAUAACGGUAUAUGGUAUAUCUGAUCUGCAACUGCCUGCCAGAUUUGUAUUUCCUACAGAAUUUUAAGAAAUGCUGGCACACUUGCUGUCGUUCUGCCGCUCUCUGGUAAGAAGAAAAAAUGUGGACUUUCUGGAGGAUUCCAAGUUGUGCCGCUGCCUCUCUACGGUAGACCUUAUUGCCCUGGGAGUGGGUAGCACACUGGGUGCUGGUGUCUAUGUCCUUGCUGGUGAAGUUGCGAUGAGUAACUCUGGCCCCAGCAUUGUGCUAUCCUUCCUUAUUGCGGCUCUGGCCUCUGUCAUGGCAGGCUUGUGCUACGCUGAGUUUGGAGCUCGGGUACCCAAGACUGGCUCAGCAUAUCUGUACAGCUAUGUAACUGUUGGGGAACUGUUGGCCUUCAUCACAGGAUGGAACCUCAUCCUCUCCUAUGUUAUAGGAACAUCAAGUGUUGCCAGAGCUUGGAGUGGGACAUUUGAUGAGCUCAUAGGGGGCCAAAUAGAGACGUUCUGCAAAACCUACUUCAGAAUGAACUUGCCUGGCUUAGCAGAAUAUCCAGACUUCUUUGCAGUUUGCCUUAUAUUACUACUGUCAGGACUUCUUUCUUUUGGAGUUAAAGAAUCAGCGUGGGUCAACAAAAUUUUCACAGCCGUAAAUGUGCUUGUGCUCAUGUUUGUCAUCGUGUCUGGCUUUGUCAAAGGAGAUCUUCUCAACUGGAAGAUAUCUGAAGAAUCUCUCAUAAAUAUUACCAUAGUGAAAAAAAAUCUAUCCUACACUGAAAAUGUCACCAGUGAUUAUGGUGCUGGAGGAUUUUUGCCUUAUGGGUUUGGGGGAACUCUAGCUGGCGCAGCUACAUGCUUUUAUGCUUUUGUUGGAUUUGAUUGCAUCGCCACCACAGGUGAAGAGGUAAAGAAUCCACAGAGAGCUAUUCCCAUUGGCAUAGUUGCCUCCCUGCUGAUUUGCUUCUUGGCUUACUUCGGCGUCUCUGCUGCCCUCACCCUCAUGAUGCCUUACUAUCUUUUGGAUGAGAAGAGCCCUCUGCCUGUGGCCUUUGAUUAUGUUGGCUGGGGUCCUGCUAAGUAUGUGGUAGCAGUGGGGUCACUAUGUGCUCUCUCAACAAGCCUGUUGGGCUCCAUGUUCCCUCUACCCCGCAUUCUGUUUGCCAUGGCGCGAGAUGGCAUACUAUUCCGAUUUCUUUCCAAAGUGAGUAAGCGUCAGUCACCAGUCGCUGCCACCAUGGCAGCAGGCACGACAGCGGCUGUUAUGGCUUGCAUUUUUGACCUAAAAGCCCUUGUGGACAUGAUGUCUAUUGGGACUUUGUUGGCGUACUCCUUGGUAGCUGCUUGUGUUCUUAUUCUCAGGUAUCGCCCAGACUCCGUGUUGAAGAGCAAAAAUAAUGUAGAGGGUGGAGAGGUUGGAGAGUCUGAGCUGACCGAAUCUGAGAGUCACCUGAACAGGAUAAAUGAUGAAGAAAUGACACUGUACACCCUUUUGAAUCCCUCCCAGCAGCCAACAAAAAAUUCCUCCACUGUUGUCAACAUGACUGUCGGGGUCAUUGUAAUUGUAGUGUGUGUGAUAAGUGCACUCACUACACAUUAUGGACAGGCUAUUCUUGCCAUGGAGCCCUGCAUGCUGGGAGUGCUGGCAACAUCCUUUUUUAUCUUGGUUGCAUGUGUUAUCUUGGUCUACAGACAACCACAGACAAGCACUAAGGUGUCCUUCAUGGUGCCUUUGUUACCCUUUCUGCCCAUCGUAAGUAUAUUCGUCAAUGUUUACCUCAUGGUACAACUGAGUGGAGACACGUGGAUUCGCUUUUCAGCCUGGAUGGCUGUGGGUUUCCUUAUUUAUUUCGGCUAUGGGAUUUGGCACAGCAGUGAGCAACAGAAACGGCGGCACGGUGCUGACAGUGUGCCAGAGAAACAGAGGAUGUACGAAAAAGAUGGAAUAAAUACAGAAAAGACCAGUCAGCUGUAAAACAAAGAAGAAAAAAGGGGGAAAGCUGAUUAUUGCUGAUUACAUCAACAUAUGACGAGCUGUUCCGCUGUUCACACUCAUUAAAAUCUGAGAGACUGGCACAGCUCUGAUCUGGCUGACAAGCAUGGGUGCAAAUUAAUGCUGGGUUUUAUCAGUAUUUUCUCUCCUUAGAGUCAAACCUAAGUAAAUUAUGUGAGGGGGUAAUGUUAUCAGAAUGCACAUUGUAUGAAAGCUGAAAUUCCUCUAAUAUUAGCAUUGUGAAGGUCUAGUAUGAACAGUGAGAGUGAAAUGUGCUUCAGUUCAGCUAUAAAUGAGAAUUGGGUUUUUACUGCAACUGACUAACUUUCAGUUAGAUUUAAUCAAAGAUGAGACAUUUUAAAUAAAUAGUGAAUAGUUAGCUGAGUUAGCAUCAACCACCGGAGUGGUUAAAUUGUGAUAAAUUGUGUUACUUACAAUAGUAGUUACUGCUUAUCAUUUUCUUUACUUUUUCCCUGCAUAGUUUUAGUCCCUAUGUAUUUUUUGUCACUAAGCAUUGCUUAUAAAGCAUUUUAUGUUCCUAUCUUACAGUAUAGAAUAGACUAUCACUUCACAGCAUUUGCAAUAAGCCAGUUAUAGUAUCAGUAUUCAAGACAGAAUUGCAGCUGCCAGUUCAGUAAUGUAAUACAUGGCUAAUCUUUUUACCUCCUUGCAAAGGGACCUGUAUUAAUCUUGUCAGAUAUAAAAUCACAUUCCUUACUGUGAUCAUGUUCUAUAUUGGUUUAUGUGGCUGAUUUGUCUUGUUUACCGUAUACACAAAUCUAAUUACAAGUCAAAGAGUCAAAAUAUUAAUCUGCAAACAGAGAUUUUUAGAACACACAAAGUAUUAAGUGUUAGGGCCAUUAAAGCAAGAUGUGGAUGUUUAUAACACAGUCACAGAGUACCAGUAGUACGCUUGGACGGAUCUGAAUAAACAGUUGUGUUUUAAGAAUUAUAUAAGCUAUUUUUGAUAGAAAGACUUAGAUUUUGUUUUUAGUUUAACACAAGUGUAAACUGUGCAGCUAAUUAAAUAAUCCACACUAAUGUGAAUAAACAGUGAAGCUUUACGGAGCACGGACAGUAACAUCAUUCUUUUACCUAAUAACACACAUCUAAAUGAGGACGUCAGUGUUAUGUUGUCUGUUUACCUCAUUAGUUAAGUUGACUUUAUGAGGGCUGCAUAUAUAGCAUUAGUAAACAGCACCAUCCAUUGGUAUGAGCAAUAAACAGCAGACAAGUGAUCCUCACUAAAAAUACUAACAAUCAAGUUAAAACAAGACAAUAUACUAUUUAUAGAAAUCAUUUUACUAAGUGUGUCUAAACCUUUAACCAACACUGUAUCUCCUGUAUUGUGUUUUAUUGAAUUUAUUUUACUCAUACAGGCUGACUAACCAGCAACAGUAUUGAUGUACACUGUAAAAAUGUACUACUAGUCUUAAGGUGGUCUACUAAUUUACAUGUAUCAUAGCUACUGACUGUAUAUAUAAAUGACCAAUUCAACAGUAUACAGUGGAUUCUACUGCUGUAGUGUUUAGGUGGCUUGGCCAAAUCUUCAGAGCUUAAUGAAAUUAUGGUAUCUAAAACUGAGUCAUACAAAGUUUUCUACUCAAAUAUUACUAGUUUUAUAUCAUUUGUAAGAAUAAACAUUGUAAUUCAUUUAUUUGUGUUUUUUGUAAGACCAUGUACAGUAUAUCUAAAACUAAAGACCUUAAUAAUA